UGUGUCAACUGUGCUGGUCAGUGGGCAUACGAGCUGGGUCUGUCCAACGAGGAGCCGAUUAGUAUCCCGUUACAUGCCUGCGAACACUUCUACCUUCUGACUCGCCCCUUGGAGACCCCUCUGCAGAGCAACACACCAACUGUUGUGGAUGCUGAUGGAAGAAUUUAUAUUCGGAACUGGCAAGGUGGCAUCUUGUCUGGGGGCUUUGAGAAGACCCCGAAACCAAUUUUCACUGAGGGCAAGAACCAGCUGGAGAUUCAGAAUCUACAGGAAGACUGGGAUCACUUUGAGCCCCUGUUGAGUUCCCUCCUGCGCAGGAUGCCGGAAUUGGAGACUCUGGAGAUCGUGAAGUUGGUGAACUGCCCGGAGACCUUCACCCCAGACAUGAGGUGCAUCAUGGGCGAGUCUCCUUUGGUACAGGGCUACUUCGUUCUGGCGGGAAUGAACUCUGCUGGACUUUCGUUUGGUGGAGGAGCCGGAAAGUACCUCGCUGAAUGGAUGGUGCACGGUUAUCCCUCAGAAAACGUCUGGGAAUUGGACUUGAAACGUUUUGGAGCCCUACAGAGCAGCCGGACCUUUUUGCGCCACCGGGUCAUGGAAGUGAUGCCUCUGCUGUGUGAUCUGAAGGUUCCUCGUUGGGACUUCCAGACAGGGAGGCAGCUGCGCACAUCUCCUCUCUAUGACCGGCUGGAUGCACAAGGAGCCAGGUGGAUGGAGAAACACGGAUUCGAGAGGCCAAAGUACUUUGUGCCACCAGGCAAGGACCUCCUGGCAUUAGAGCAGAGCAAGACUUUUUAUAAGCCAGAUUGGUUUGAAAUUGUGGAGUCUGAAGUCAAGUGCUGUAAGGAAGCUGUGUGUGUCAUUGACAUGUCCUCUUUCACAAAGUUUGAAAUAACAUCCACUGGAGAUCAAGCAUUAGAAAUUCUACAGUACCUCUUCUCCAAUGACCUUGACGUGCCCGUGGGCCACAUCGUACAUACUGGCAUGCUCAAUGAGGGAGGAGGAUAUGAAAAUGACUGCAGCAUAGCACGCCUGAACAAGCGCAGUUUCUUCAUGAUUUCUCCAACUGACCAGCAGGUCCACUGUUGGGCCUGGCUUAAGAAACACAUGCCGGAAGACAGCAACCUGCUUCUGGAGGAUGUCACCUGGAAAUACACUGCUCUCAAUCUGAUUGGUCCUCGAGCUGUGGAUGUGCUGUCCGAACUGUCUUAUGCCCCUAUGACUCCAGACCACUUCCCAAGUCUCUUUUGCAAGGAGAUGAGUGUGGGCUAUGCCAAUGGGAUCCGGGUGAUGAGCAUGACUCACACAGGAGAGCCGGGCUUCAUGCUUUACAUCCCCAUAGAGUACGCCCUGCACGUGUACAAUGAAGUGAUGAGUGUUGGGCAGAAAUACGGAAUCCGGAAUGCUGGGUAUUAUGCUCUUCGUAGUCUCCGAAUUGAGAAGUUUUUUGCCUUCUGGGGUCAGGAUUUAAAUACCCUCACCACCCCGCUGGAAUGUGGACGCGAGUCUCGGGUGAAGUUAGAGAAGGGGAUGGAUUUCAUCGGUCGAGAGGCCCUGCUGCAGCAGAAGCAGAAUGGGGUGUACAAACGCCUCACUAUGUUCAUCCUGGAUGACCACAACACAGACCUGGACCUCUGGCCUUGGUGGGGAGAACCCAUUUACCGAAACGGGCAGUAUGCUGGUAAGACCACCAGCAGUGCCUAUAGCUACACUCUGGAGCGGCACGUUUGCCUGGGCUUCGUGCACAAUUUCUCCGAGGACACUGGGGAAGAGCAGGUGGUGACAGCAGAUUUCAUCAACCGCGGCGAGUAUGAGAUUGACAUCGCGGGGCAUCGGUUCCAGGCCAAGGCCAAGCUCUACCCGGUCGCCUCCCUCUUCACCCAUAGGCGCCGAAAGGAUGACAUGGAGCUAAGUGACUUGCACGGGAAAUAAUGCUAGGCAGUCUCACCUCCUUCCUGUCUUAGGAGCUUCUCUCUUGAUAUUCUCUCUUCCUGGUUUAACCGUUGCCUUCUGGCUCUUAAACUUUUUGCUUUGCAACCUCUCUUGUCCUUCCAUCUUCUCCUCCCUUUGUAGUUCCCCAUCUCCUGAUACUCAUUAUGGGCCAUCUGUCCCAUCCCUCCACCCGAUUCCUGUGGUGAGAGGAAGCAUAUCUGAUAGGCGGGACAGCAGCAGGCUCCACUUGUGGAAGUAGGUUAUGGUGACAGUCUGAUUUCACAUGCUGUGUCUCGAAGCAGAGGAAGCUGGUGGUGUGCCGGCCUCAGGGAGAGUGCACCUCUGUGGGACUGUCUUCUUGAGUAACCUGUUAACUGUGGUGGGUUGCUGUAUGUUUGAUACAGCCCUGUGGGAGUUUGUGCCUUUCAGCAGCUCAUGCUCCUGUUCCACUGUGCUGGGCUGGCACCCCGAUACCUCUAGCACGACUACGACCAUCUACCUCAUUGAUGAGGGGCAUUAGUGGAUGUUACCUGGUCUAUAGCAGAGAAAAAAUAGUUAACCUGGCACCAUCCCCGCACUCCUACAGAACCAGGUCCCAGUUCUCAGUAGGGCCAGGGCCACCUGCCUAUGAUUGUCUUCAUCUCUCGUUAAUCUCUGAUGAGGGGUUUGUUUAGCUAAAUAAACAAGCCACAGUAUUUGAAAGGGAAAAACCAGGUUGCCUUUUGUGUUGCUUCUCCCAGCUGAAAGGGUCUGACCUCAGAAAGGACCAACACUAAACAAUGCUGAGUGUUCUUCUUUAAAACAGUGCUGCUUUUCUUCCAGCUACACAAAGUUCAGUCACCCCAUUUUGAUUUUCCUCAUCAAUUCAGCCUCACCUGUCUCUGUAGCAACAGGCCCACUAGCUCAGCAAACAUUUCUCUCCCUGUAGGAAAGGGAGGGGCAGGCUGUCCUGAUCGAGUAAGCAAACCUUGCUGGGCAUGCUGACUUCAAGACAGCUACUGGGAUCCCAAGUUCCGCUUCCUCUGGCACAGAACAGAUAGAUCCACAUGGGUGACCCAUGCGAGUCCAGAGUUCUGAGUGUGGAGGGCAUGCGUUACAUGCACCUCGCAGACUGCUUUCCGUCCUUUCCCCAUCGAGCCAUCUGUCCGUAUCCUCUAGAAUAGAAAGUGACUUGGGGCCCCCAGGAGGGCUCUGCACAAUUCGAUGGUGUCUGUUUUCUAAGGGUGACACUUACAUAUCCAUCCCAACACUUAACUUUCCCUUGCACAUACGCUGCCCUAAUCUGAUUUUUUAAAGUGCAAACUGCUGUUAAGAGAUUUUAGCUAAUUAAACUUACUGUAGCCUUUGUUGUCUUGGUAUCUUAGAAGCAUUAGCUCUGAUAGGUCCACAAAUAUAUUAAAGAAGAUCCUCUCACUUUAAUAGAGUAACUUAAAAUUCUCAAGUGAGCAUUUGGCAUUUGUUACCCAAGCAGACGGGCUUCUUUUAGACAUUUCUUGCCAUUUCCCUAGCCAGACCACACUUAGUUGAUUUAUUAAGGGAGCAUGUGAUUAGAAUUGUUGGGGGGCUUCCUCAUUUUGGUGCAAAUGCGUAUUUAACCAGCUGAGAGAUGUUGCUUUUAGGCAGGGAGCGGUGUCACCCAACUGGAGAGCAGAGCAGUGAACAGCAACUGUGACGGCCUCGCAGAAAACAGCACUUGGCCAAUGCCAGUGUUACGAGCAGGGAGCCAGCUACUCCAGGAAGAUGGACAUAGGUGGUAGAGCUAAAGGUAUCCCACGCUCGGCACCAUUCCAAAGUCAUCUUUGUAACUGCAAAUUUACUUGGGAUUGAAUCUAGAAGAAAUUCUAGGGCUAUGCAUAAAUUUCAUGUCUGUAGGCAGGGGACACACUCCUAAGACUGGUGAGAUGGCACUCGUCUGGGGCACCACUUACUUACUGGGGGCCCCGAAGCAUUUAUCGCUCUGCACUUUAAAGUUCAUCCUUGAAGUCUCUUGGUUCAUUCAUAUAGAAGCAGUGUGAAUCUAGUAGUUUUCUGAAGGAGGUGACUCCCUCUUCUCACAUAACUGACAAUCAGAACAUCUCAUUCAUGUGUCAUUUCCAUCUCUUGGGCUGUGGGCUCACAAGUGUUUGCCUUGUGAAACAACUCACCUUUCUCUAAAGAUUCCAAGGUGUUCUGGACUCUUGUAACUGGGUGGCUAGACUUCAGUUUUACGUGAUGGGUUCUUUUCUCACUGAAGUGCUGUCUUGGGAGGGGGCUUCUGCAUGCUUCUGCUGUCCUGUCGUCAGCAUAUUCAACUGAAGAAUCUUUUUGAACCUAGAAACACAAAGUGUGUGAACCUCAACAGAUGAGACUCAGGGUUGCGAGUCUCCUGUGGGCCUUCUCCCUUGAAAUAUCUCAGCCCCUAGUUACUUAUGCCACAUGUGAAUCCUGUUUCUUGGCACUGCCACGGUUGUUUGACUUUCACUGAAGCUUGCAUCAGAAAGAUUUCCUGUCCACAAUGUCACUGAAGUCAGAAAAGCUCUAAUUCAAAAAGUGUUAAGAGCCAAAUGGGACAGAAACUCCCCCCUUGGGUAGCCCGUUUAUGUCCUUUAACUUACGUUGCAGUCACAUAGACUGCACAGGCAGGACAGGCUCUAGGAAAGAAGUGAAAACUACAUUUCUAGUGUUCUGGGGAGUCCCUGUACCCCCAGAUGUGAGCUGCUGUUCAGGCUAUGGACUCAGAUCCCAUUUCUGCAGGAGUAGAGCACACUUUCUCGUCAGGGGGCGUGAUGUCCCUGGAUUCUAUAACCUUGUGCAGACCAAGAGUUUUCCUGUGUCCCUUCUUUCCUAGGCUGUUCUUUCCAAGAAAGUAAAAUGUACAAAAUAACACUUCCGUUUCCUCCAUUACCUGCCUACGCAGUAUUAAUCUCCCCUACCACCUGCGGGGCAGGAGUGUUAGCUGCUUUAUAAAAGUGGUUUGGCAUCCCUGAAGAGAUGACUCAGCGCCUUGACUUCUGGCUCCUGGACACAUUUGCUGGCAUGAGUGAAUCUUCACUCUUUCAGAACUUGAGGCAGAUAAACGGGAAUCUUCUAUGACCUGUGGUCUUGGUUCUGACCCUGGAAGCCUGGGUCCUAGCAGAAAGACUGAACUGGUUUGCCGUCAGAAGUGAGCUACAGGUUUCACUUUUCGCUCUUUGUUGCUUCUUGGCCAGUAGUCAGCAAGGAUCCUCUUCAGUAUCUCAGAUAGAGAGUUGGUCGACAGUGCGUAAUACUGAAGAAUAACCUCAUUUCAUUUUCUUGCUGCACACUCUCCCCUUCCUCCCAGUCUUUCACAAACUUUGAUAGAAGCAGCAUUUUAUUAAUGGGAAAUUUUCAAUUUUUUAGUUUAUCAAUAGGAGAAAUUGUGAGAAAAGAAUGUCUAUCUCACAUGUCCCUUGCAGGUACAGGGAGUCAGGAGAAGCACAGCUGAGUGGAAGAUGUGGUAGUUGAAGUAGAUGUUCUAGGGCAGAUGAAGUACAUGUUGCAGGCAUUACCCACAGUGACCGGCGGUGAGCUGUGACCGGGCCGUGGGCCUGCCCGUCAGCGUCUCCUCCGCCUUCACGUUCAGGUGCUGAGUUGUAAGGCUCCUUCACGGUAAGGGGCUCGCAUUCGCAGUCCCUCAUCACUACAGAUGCACUAUUUUUCAGGGGGACUGAGUAUUUUUAUAUGUCUUUGCCUUCUCUUUGUCCAUUAAACACCAGUUGUUCUUUAUAUGAUUCUUGACUUCUCUGAGCAGUCUGCAUUCCUUGGAGAAUUACACAUUUCUCAUGGGCCAUUUGUCUCAUUUAGAUGCAGCUAUUUUUAUCCUUUGAAACCUUCUGCCUUCUCCUUUUUCUGUCUCUCAAGGACAGAAAUGACAAGAGGUGGGGCGGAUAUUUUUAGCAUGUUUCAAAAUCUCUGUGCCAGGAAUUCCUUGCACACCGAGAACUGGCGCUCAGAGCACCCCCUUUCUCCACGCCGGGUUCUUGUGCCUUAAACCCCAGAACGUCACUUGGUGGGUAGAGAGAGGAAGGACAACAAAGAAACUAACUCCAUUUCAGUGUGAGGGUUCCCAUCACCCCUCACAGCCUCUGCUUCCCAGAGCAGGUGGGUGUAGGGUACGAAGCUGUCACACCUCGUUUCAAUGAAGGGUUUUCUAGCUGGACAGUUCACUCCUUACUCUCUGGCCAACUACUGGGACGUAUCAAAGCGCCACUGUAAUUACUGUAAAGUGCUAUAACUCGUUAUUUGCAUUUGUAACUGUGCAGUCCUGUUCAGUCCUUUUCUGUCCCUGUGUAAGUUAACAUGUGGUCCUGAAGACGGUCAAUGCACGUAGGUGAAUGGGACCUUUUGUCAAGAGCCCUGAUGCUUUAGGCACACAGGGUGACCGAGCAUUUCUGCCCUCCGUGCACACAGUGUUAACGCUGUGCAUGGUUUUCUGAUCAAGCCAGAUUCCACUUGUGAUUUUUGUGUGUGUGUGUGUAUUACCUGGUUUGUUAAUGAAUAAACGGACAUUUUAAUUGCUCUUGCCA